UUUCGAUUUCUUCUUGCCGGAUGUUUGAGGGGGCCAUUCUCGAUAGUGGUCGAGUGGUGAUUGGAAUUUGCCUGUUCAAAAACUUAGUAUCGAAGUUAUUAAGCAGAUAUCGGAAAAUCUCGAUGUAGCCAUGUAUACGGCCAGACGUAGAUUUUUUUUUUUUUUUUUGCAUUAUAGAGAACGGCUUUCAAUGAUAAGAAUAGGCAAACGAUCGAGGUCGCGUCGACUUUAAAUAGUAAAAUUAAAAGUAAAUUUGUUUUCAAUAGCAAUUUUGUUUCAGUUUCUAGAUAAAACACUUUGUCCUAAAUCAGACCCAAAUGGCUACGCCCAUCUAUCACAUAGCACGUGUUAUGAAGAAGUGUAUAAAACUGCAAAUAAUAAUAAUCUGACAAUGCCUUGAUAUCUCACAGACCUUAAAUUUCAACCAACUUUUAAAAAUCUUUCAGCCAAUGUUUCUGUGGUCAUAAGCCAUGACUUUAUCACUUUGACAUCAUCCUAUAACAAGGUGUUUUAGUCUUGCUUUUCUCAAAACAAGAAAAUGUUGAAAAGAUUGUUUUCUUUCCCUCUACUGCUUUGGGAGAGUUUAAGUAACUCUCGAACAAAUGCCAUUGUGGCUGAGGAUGAUGAUGAUCAUCUGGCAAAGUUCAAAGAUGAUGCUGAGAAACUAUUUGAAAAUGCCGAAACAAAAUUAAUGGUUACAUGUUUGACUUCGAAGCAGCUAAAAUUCUUGUGACAAAUCUACAGCAACAUGUUAAGCACUACAUGGCACAAGGUUGUCCUGAAGCUGAUCUGGAGGCUGCAGUACUUGAACGAGCAUCAGUAACUGCCUCUUGGCUAGCAGCUGGUGCUGAGAAGAACCAAACAGAAUUCUACAACCCUCAUCAAACUGUAGUCUAUUUGUACUCAGCUUUGUCUGUAUCUUCAUUGUCUCUGAAUGUCGCCGUUGAGCAUGGACAGAUCCACUACAAACUCUCUGAGUCGGGGAGAAAAUGUCUUGACCUUCUAGACCAGCUGCAGGAAACUAAGACUAAAACUCAGAACCUCAUCUGGCUUGCCGAUGUGUUGGUGAAUCUGGCUUGUUGGGUGGAGCUGACAAGACCACAUAUUUCCUACUAUAUUGUGUCCCAAGUGAAUAUUCAGCUCAUUAUUCCACACUUGAUCAUACCAGACAUGCGGCAACUAUACUCUGCUGCUCUUGUUGUGGUUAUCUCAUCUUGGUUGAGAAUGGGACAUCAAGGACAUAAAGAAUUUCACAGACUUCUAAGACAAAUUGAAAAUGUGGAAGAUCUUCCAAGACAAUAUGUGGCUAGGUACAAUAUUGUUUACGCCAAACUGCUUUACAGCUGCCACCAAUAUAUAAAUGCCCUUAGCUGGGCCAGAGAAGCACUGAGAUACUCAAAGGAUGAGGAAGAAAGAAGAGAAAUUAAACAGCUCGUCUCACAUCUAGAAUCAACCAUCCCACAAGGGGCCGAUGCAGAUCCUGCUUCCAUCCCCCGCCGUGCUGGGAGUGUAACUUCCCUAAACGGGCUUAUUCCUCAGCCUGAAAGGGGCCCUUUCGGGGCCAAUGAACUCUUGCAGGCUGGGUCAGAACUUCAGAAUGAAAACAGAGAAAGAGAGAUUGAUGAAGAUUGGCUUACUGACACAAACAUUACAAAGUCAGAGGUAGGCAGUAAAAAAAGGAUAUGCUUGAGUGUCCUAAGUAGAAAGGCUUUGCAGCAGGGUAAUGGGGGAUUAUUGUGAAUGGCUGGCUGGGUUUCUGUAUCAAAUGUUUUUUGAUGUACUCAUCAUCAAUUUUAUUAAUUAACUCAUUGUGGUCACAGGCAAGCCGCAGCUGGUGGCUCGCCUUGUUUAAUAAGUCACAUCAUACACAUGUACAGUGCAUUUUUUUUUUUUAUGCAAACGGUUAACGGUACAGGAACAAAAAAUAAAAAGGUCAUUUUAAAGCUGAAUCGUUUCUCUACAAGUUACCUCCCUUAGUUUGUACUACAUGCAUCCAGUCUUUCUCAAAUUUAAAUUCUUUGUGGUAUAGUGAGCAAAACAUGAUAGAAUAUGCAGGUUGUUGUUUCCCCUGCUUUCUGUCAGUUUCUUUGGCAAAAUCAGCCGAAUUACUCUGUAUUUUGUGAUUUUCCAGAUUCUGGAUAAUAUGUAUUCACAUUAAGAUGAAAAAAUAUUUACUUGUGUGUAUUAAUAACUUAAUAACUGUGGCUCUACUUUUGAAAUACUAAUCUGAAAGGCAGUUUUGGUAUGCUGAUAUAUGGGAAUUUUCUAAACAAACAAAACAUGCCACUUUCUAUGGGUAAAAUAGCUCAUUUGUGCUAAAUGUGAUAUUUAAAACUAAUUCAACAUUAUAUUUUUGUGACAUAAAGUUAUUUUUGUAUAAUUUUUUGAAAAAUAGUUAAAAUGUGGCAACUAAUGGAGACAUCUUGUCUAAAAGGGAAAGUGACCAUAUUUAGUUAAGUAAAACGCUAUACUCUUGCUUUUUCUAUCAACAGUUUUGUUGUAUUAGUAAUGUGGACUAUCUCUAAUUCUGCUAGAUUGUAAUUCUUUGUUAUAAGAA